AUGACAAACAUUGAGUUUGAAACAGUUAAAAAGAUAGACAAUGACACCAAAGUGGUUAGAAUAGGUGAUUUAAACGUAAGAUACUCAAAGAAAUACAAAAAAUAUUCUUUGUCAGACAUUUUAACACUAUCUGGAAAGAAAACAUCCCACGACUGGGUUAGAAAUGCUUCAACUCAGAAAAUUUUGACAAGAAAUCCUGAGCUGAUGAUAUCGGUAAGAUUCUAUGGAACAAGAGCAUAUCUUAUAGACAAAAGUCUUAUACCAGUAGUUUUGUUCUGGAUUGACCCAGUUGUUGGAUAUAAUUUCAUAACAUAUGGUUCAUUCGAUACGGAACGUUGCAGUGAAGGCUUACUUUACAUCGUUCAGAAACCGAAGGACUUCAAUACAAAGAGAUAUAAGAUAGGAAGAACAUUUAAUAUAACUCAAAGAUAUGACAGUACAGUCAAUA